AUGCUGGUGGUCAUAACGGCAUGCAAGGCCGUUCACAUGACAGACGACGUUCAAAUCAACCUCAAGCAAUGGGUGGCUCCCCUAGUGGAAUCUAGAGCUGUAACAGCAUUCAAGGACUCUCACUUAAACGCUCCAGAUGAUUUAGUCCUGCGCCUGGCUCGCCUCGCCCUCAGCUGCACAGCCAUGCCCACAGCCUCCCGCCCCACCAUGGGCCGCGUGUUGGGGGAUCUGCUGGGCAUGCAGGAGGAGGUGCUUGGGGGGGCGGAGGUGCACGGAGCUGCAUGCAAAAUUGACAGGGAGAUUGGCAGCUCAGCGGCUCAUUCGGUGGACUUUGAUGCUCAGCUGGCUCGAGUGGAGCAGAUUGGCUCGCAGAGCCAUUCAAGGAGUUCUGCUGAGGCGGAGGCGCAUCGGCCCACCAUGGGCCGCGUGUUGGGGGAUCUGCUGGGCAUCAAGGAGGAGGUGCUAGAGCGGGCAGAGGCGCACAGAGCUGCAUGCUGCAUUGACAGGGAGAUUGGCAGCUCAGCAGGUGUGGAUUUCAAUGCUCAGCUGGCUCGAGUGGAGCAGAUGGGCACGCAGAGCCAUUCAAGCCGUAAUGCAUGA